UGCUCAUGCAGAUGUAAUAAGAACGGGGGCGCGGGAGCCGGCGGCCUUCAUGUCCUGCUUCCCGAUCUCCGAAAGAGCCCGUUAACCUGGAGGGGGGGGUGUGGGAGGGGUGUGGUGUGCAGCCCUCCAAAGGAAAGGGCCAGCCGGGGACAUCAGAUUGCCCAGAAGCAGGAGGCCGCAAAGAAACGUAGAUUGACCUAUGUUGAAACUCAGUCUUGGCAGAAGAAUGGCAAGAAAAAAGUGAUGGACUUUUUCUCCUUUUGGCAAUUGCCACAUCCACUUUCAGAGAGGGAAGAAGAAUUUGUUUUAAUGCUUAGAAUUAGAAUAACUUCCACUAAGUAAAUGGACAGCCGAGGGAUACUCCAGUUAUGGAAUAUUAGUAGCCAGAGCACCACCACAAUUGACUGUAGGGAAACACAUUAGCACAAAGUGCUGGUUCCACUUGAAUUUUAAUUCCACAUCAAAGAAUUUGCAAGAGAAGAGAGUGGCUCUUCACUUGGAUCAGGCGAGCAUUUGAAGAGGACUCACAAGGGAUAUUCCAUGGGAGAAAAGCACUUGAAAUACCCCAAUCUUGGGGAGAGCUUUCGGAGCAGCUCAGAUCUCUUUGACCAUCAGCAAGCCCAUGCAGCAGCAGACAAGCUGUACAAAUGUCUGGAGUGUGGGAAAUGUUUCACUCAUAGUAAGAACUUCAGCACUCACCAGAGAAUACACACUGGAGAAAAACCAUACAAAUGUCCUGAAUGUGGGAAAAGGUAUGGUGCCAGCUCAACCCUUAGCAGGCAUCGAAAAAUCCACAUGGAAGAAAAGCCUUAUACAUGCCCAGACUGUGAGAAAAGUUUCAGUUACAAAGCAGACCUUAUCAAACACCACAGAGUUCACACAGGGGAAAAACCUUAUGUCUGUGGAGAGUGUGGGAAAAGCUUUAGUCAAAGCUCAAACUUCGUUACACAUCAGAGAAGCCACACAGGAGAGAAACCUUAUGAAUGCCCUGACUGUGGGAAAAGCUUCACUGUAAGUUCGAGCCUGAUUGAACAUCAGCGAGUCCACACAGCUGAGAAACCCUUUUUAUGCACCGAAUGUGGUAAGAGCUUCAAUCGGAACUCACAUCUCAAUGUGCACCAGCGUAUUCAUACAGGAGAGAGGCCCUUCCAGUGUCCCGAUUGUGGGAAAGGCUUCACGAUACUUUCCACCCUUAGUAAACAUCAAAGAAUUCACACAGGAGAAAAACCUUAUAAAUGCCCCAAAUGUGAACGGAGCUUUAGGGUGAGCUCGAUUCUGACACAGCAUAUUAGAAUACACACAGGAGAGAAGCCAUACAUUUGCUCUGAUUGCGGGAGAAGCUUCAGUCAAAAAUCACCCCUCAUUGCUCACCAGAAACUUCAUGCUCGUCAGAAAGCCCCAUAGAUAAUUGGUCAGAGACACAAUAAUGUAAUUGAGAAGUUAUUUAUCACAGUGAUUGAUCAUGGAUUGGGAUAUAGAGGGUAAAAAAAGGGUAGGGAUAGAAAAUGAACAGACAUUUGCUAUCCUAUGUGGAUGUUAAUGUGCUUUUUAAAAAAUCACAUCCACUGAUUUCCUUAUUUCCUUAAAACCUACUUUAUUUGGUUGAGAAGCUUCAGGAAAGCAGCUCUGUAGUGCUGCAGAGCCCUCUGAAAAUCAACACACAGUCAAGCUGUGAAUUACGACUUUGGGUUGCCAUAAGGAUAAUGGGAACUAGAAUUUGCUUAUUUUGGGGAGGAGGUUAUUGCACAGAUAAAUUUUGUACUCAGACAGUCUUUAAUAUUCAUGGAUGUACAUGCUUUUAAAUCCUUUACCUGCUCCAUGAAAUUAACAAAUGGGAGAGAUUCUUUUGACACUUUUUUGACAGCUGAAAUACUGAUAUCACGAAAUCAGAAGGAUACGCACUUACUUCCUACAAUGCAAUGGACUGAGGACCUUACAUAUGGCAUAUAGAUGCCAACUUCAGAUGGAUACUUAUUUGGAUAUUUGGUCUGUUUUUGUAGAAGCAUAUGUAUAACUGCUAGAAAGCUGUAAGCAUUUAAUACAAGUCCAUGUUCAUAUAUAAAAACGUAAAAAUAAAAAAUUUAAAAAGUUUUUUUCCAUACACCCCAA